AUGUCCAAUUUCAGCGACUUCUUGCCUCUCAUUGUCUUACUGUCGAGUGUUUUGCUGACUGAACAGGCUUCAGAACCCAGUUGCACUGACAUUGCCGACUUUGGUAAUUGCUUGGGUAAUACAGAAGGCUUCUGUCCAAAGGAUAUUGUUUGCGGGUGUAAAGGCAACAAACCUUUUUGCAAAUGUCCUUACUUCCGAGGCCUCUGGGGAGAUUACUGGUACAUGGGUCACAAAUGUGAACAACUCUGGAAUACUUUGGACUUGAUUUUAGUAACUGUACUUCCUGCAGUAGCACUGGCUUUCCUAGUUGGUGUAAUAAUACAGUGUGUCUACUACUGUAAAAACAAGUCAAAUAAAAGUGUUAAAGGAGCUAGGAAACAGGCAAGACAAACAAAACUCGAGUCACAGCAUAACCCUGUGUUUGUACCUGAGCUGGGUGAUAACUCAAGAUAUGUUUCUCAACAACAGUGGGCUAAGGAUGACUGGACCACCGAGAAUUUUAAAAUGCCAAAAAUUCAACUGCAAAGCCAAAGUUUUGGGCAAUCACAGUCACCUGGUGAAGUAGAAGUUUACAGCUAUAUACCAUAUCAGCCAUCAGGAAGACCAGUUCCAACAGCAGACAGUUCUUUCAGCCUCCAAUCUCCUCAGCGUAACCAGUUUGGCUAUCAGAACAGUCAUAUUCCUAAUGUGGAUUAUGAAGAGGACAACCCCAUUCCAGCUAUGUCUGGGAGGCAAUUUCCUGUACGUAUAAACUAUCUCAAGCACACAUGA